ACCACAUGUUUCCUGUGACCUCACAAAUGCAAAGUGCAGCUUUGUACUUUCUGUUACAUUGACCUGGACGUUCGAGCAGACUGCAGUACCACACACCAUACCAGUGAGUCUCCAAGUGAAGUAGAGUAACAUAUCACCAAUGGCCGACAUGGACAGGAGUUUGGCUUUAUAUCUCUGGCUCUUCCUUGUGUCUCUGUGUACAAGUGUGUGUGCAGUAGAUAUUCCAAAACCGGUGGAGAAACAAUGGUUUGUACUAAACCAACCUGCCACUGUGCGGUGUGGACUUUCUUCCACGCCUGACCAUUACUGGUGGUUGGGGACGGACAUUAAUAACCCGUUAUCCUUCAGGCGUCAUGGCAUCGGAAAUAACGGCUGUAUGGAUGGCUCUGUUUGUACCUUGCCGUACUCCAAUUUCAACUUAGAUCCAAACACCUACCUCUGCUGUACUGAAAAUGGAGCUAGCAGUAUUGUGAAUGCCGUAUCUGUUCAUUGUCAAGAGAUUGCAGUAUGUCCCCAAACACAAAUGUCGGUGCCAUUGGUAGUUGAGACAGACAGAACUGCGACAGCCUACAUUAAGAUUACUGCCAAACCACCUCCUAAUGUACUGCCAGAGAACUUGUUGGUUAUCAGCAUUGAGGGGGGUCAGAACAUCAACUUCACCUCUUCAAUCGUGACCCCUCGCCUGCUAAAAACAAACAAAGCUUUGGAGACCGUCUAUAAGUAUCAGUUUGAGGUAUCCCGUGAUCUCCUGGCGAGUUCAACUACCACCCUGAAGUUUGUACCUCGUAUUGAUGUCUCAUUAGAUUUACCGUCUGACUCGUCCUGUGAUACUGGUUUAAUUCAGCCACUCAGUGUCAAUGGUGUCAGCCUGCAAUUUUCAACAGAUCCACCGACAGCUGCACCUGAAACAACAACACCGGCGGCUCUUCUUUCAACAACAGAAGGUCUAAAAGAGGAGGAUACAUGCAUUCAUUUUUCCAUACCUUUUGGUACAUCCAUUUUCGCAUUUUUACUUGGACUGGUGAUUGGGCUUAUCACGUGCUGGACAUACUGGUGCACUAGGAACAAAAGAGUGAUGGUUGAUAUGAGCAAGCACACGGAUAACUUUUGCCCUGAGAAUUCAGUCAACAGAAAACUACCAAAUCUUCCGAUUUCAACUGGUCCUCCUUUUCAACUCCAUUUUUCUCCAAACUCACUGACUCAUCCGCCGCUCACUACUCAGCUGUCAACUGCCACGCCCACUCCCGAUGAAUCAGCACGUCUUCUUGCCGGGCAGACCCCUAACUAUCCGCCAAUGGAAAAGCAUCCAUUAAACCACGACCCGAUCCCCCCAUAUGCUACCAUGGAUCAGAUACGGUCAUCCGGCGGUUAUUCUCCACCUGAAACGAAUCACUUAACUAUCGACUGCAGAGGUGGCGGCUACCCCUCUCCAGUGGGAAACUCACCACCACCUCAGCAGAUGUUCCAGGACACGAUAUCAUCAGUUUCGCUACCAAGUGAUGGUUACAUGUCGCAUUACACCAAAGAAGGAGACGAAGUAAUCAUGACAUGGGAUGACCGCAAAGUUGAGACUGUUAAUGUGUAGCCAGAUCGACAUAGAACAAUUAUUAUAAUUAUAUUUAUCACCUCAUUAUACAAUGCAAGCAUAUAUUUGAUAUUCACCACUCCACUGCAUGUGUGUAUGUACUGUGUGUAUGUAAUUUUAUGUCAUGUGACCAUAGAUUGUGUGUGAUAAUUAUUUUUAAGAAUAA